AUGGCCGGGGCCGCUAUGGCGGAGCGGGGUCGCGUGCUGCCCACCGGGCCCGCGUCGGGCCUGGGCACCGACGGGCUGCCGCGCGCCUUCCUGGAGAGCCUGCACACCCUCUUCGACAUCCUGGACGACAGGCGGCGCGGCUACGUGCACCUGUCCGAGAUCGAGUCCCGGUGGCAGGGCGCCGAUGCGCGCGAGCUGCCUCACGGCGUGCUCGAGGGCCUGCGGCAGGCGGCCCCGGCCAGCGGCUACCUGACCUUCGAGCGCUUUGUGGCCGGUCUGCGCUCCUCGUUGUUGAGCACCGAGGGCGGCCAGCGGAGCCUGGCGCACGCCCCGGCCCGUGGGGGCGGCCCGGGACCCCGAACCACCGAGAAGCCGCCGCCACCACCACGCAUGCUCUUUGCACCCGCGGACGAACCGCGCACCGUCCUGGAGAAGAAGGCUCUGCCUUCGGGCGCGCGACACCCACCAGCGGGUCCCCGGAGCCCGUCGGAGGGGGUGCCGAGGACCACGGAGCAUGAGCAGAGGCUGAGCGCCGACUCUGGUGCAGUGUCCUGCAGGGUCUGGGAGGUGGAUGUGGGGACCACUCGGCGAGCCCCUAAAGCCCGCGAACAUCGGAGGCACACCAUCACCAAUGGCGUGGACUGCGACCUGCUGAAACAGCUGAAGGAGCUUGAGCAGGAGCAGGAGGUGUUGGUGCAGGGCCUGGAGCUGAUGGCGCGCGGCCGAGACUGGUACCAGCAGCAGCUACAGCGCGUGCAGGAGCGCCAGCGCCGCCUGGGCCAGAGCCGGGCCAGCGCCGACUUGGGGGCUGAAGGGAGCCCCCGCCCACUGGGGCGCCUGCUGCCCAAAGUGCAGGAGGUAGCCCGGUGCCUGGGGGAGCUUCUGGCUGCCGCCUGUGCGGGCAGAGAUGAUACCCCCUCAGAAACCCCCGAAACUUCACCCUGCGUGCCCCCCUGGCCACAGCAGACCAUCCUCAUGCUGAAAGAGCAGAACCGCCGCCUCACCCAGGAAGUUACGGACAAGAGCGAGCGCAUCACCCAGCUGGAGCAGGAGAAAUCGGCCCUCAUCAAGCAGCUGUUCGAGGCGCGCAGCCAGCAGGAGGCCGGACCCUUGGACUCCACCUUCAUCUAG